AUGGAGACCCACUCUCAAGUUUUAGGCCAACAUCAUGAAGGCAUAAUUUUUACACAGCAGCUGUAUGACAUUUUUGCGGACAAUUCUAAGGGGACAACUGUUUUCAAGCGGUUCUUCAAAGCUCUUCAAUAUGCUGCAGUUGGUUUCCGAAGGCAAUCCGCACUAGUGACCGCAUACUACUACGAUGUUUUGAAUUGGAAAACAAAGGCAGAUAUCCGUUUCACGUUGCUCGUUGUUAUGGGUUUACUUAUGUUACACAUUGCUGAGUAUGGGCUUGCUUCCUCUAUACCAUCAGCUUUUCCUUUUGAAUCCGUUGGUGUUCUCGUAGUGAGCACUUUCCUCAUUCACUUACUGACAUUCCGCAAACUCACGCACGCAACCUACACAAAUAUUUCAAUGCUGAUAGCACUGGGAACAAUGUGGAUUAAUUGCUGGGCCAGAUGUCACUUGGCCAGGAGGAGCACGCGAAUGUAUUUACCGACCUUUUUAUUGAUUUUCAUCACUGUCCUGUUCCUUCCCAUCCCGUUUGACUCUGGACUCAUCAUCAUUGUGGGACAGUUUGUCACUUUACUCCUUCUUCGGGAGCACGAAAGUGAACAGGUGAAAAAGAUCGCUGAGCAAAGAAAUCAUACUAAGAACCAUAAUCCUCUGGUUGAUACUUUUCGACUUUCCGGUACACCGAACACAGCACUGAAGUCAAGUAGCCUAAUGCUAGGUCAAGAAAUUUUGCUUUGUGGUUUGAUUUAUUCAGUUGCUGUCUACGUAGCUAUGUGGAACCACCUGCGACGACGUAUUGUUUUUAAUCGUCUGGCUACGAACGUUCGGAUGCGCAAAGCCAUGACUAAAGCACUGGAUGAUAAAGUACGAUGGAUCCAGGCAAUAAUGCCGUCUCAGGUUACCGCGGAAUUCUAUCAGUUAUACAAGCAGUAUUCUGAUAAUGAUUCCCAUAUGUGGGUUUACAACAAGGCAUUGGAUAACGUGACGAUUCUAUUCGCCGACAUGGUUGGGUUUACUAAAAUGAGUUCGAACAAAACGGCCACUCAACUAGUCAUGCUGCUGAAUGACCUAUUUAGCCGCUUUGAUGAACUAUGUCAGCUAACCCACUGUGAGAAAAUCGGAACGUUGGGCGAUUGUUAUUAUUGUGUGGCCGGCUGUCCAGAACCACGAGCUGAUCACGCCGAAUCGUGUGUAGAAAUGGGGUUAGGGAUGUGUCGUAUAAUCAAAGUAUUUAAUUGUGAUCAUUCUGAACAGGUGAACAUGCGAGUAGGAAUUCAUACUGGCAGGGUAAACGCCGCAAUUAUCGGGAAACAACGUUUCCGAUAUGACGUCUAUUCUUACGAUGUGAGCAUAGCCAACGCAAUGGAGUCCAGUGGCCGACCUGGAAGAGUACACAUUUCGGAGGAAACCUUUGAACGAGUGAAGCACGUUUAUAAUGUCAGUUGUGGGGAAGACUUGUAUGUUAAGAAAGAGGAAAUGUUGGGAAUUGCCGGUAUGGCUUUAACGGAAAGGGCGAUGAAGACCUAUUUUGUGGAUCCACGAUCAUCUUUAAUUCGGCGUCGACAUGAAAAGUUUGGCAAGAAAGCUAAUGUUCUAUCAAAGGCUUCCUGGAUUGCACAAAUGGACGACGAUUUUGACAAAUCAUCAUCAUCAGUGGAAGAUGACGGUUGUGAAGUUGAGCGGGACAGUACACUAAAGAAUUCGAAACAACCAUUUCGAACGCCUUUGUCUAAAUGUCAUGAAAAGAACAAGGAUGAUCUCGAACAUCUUGAACGGCAAAUCGAGUUGAUACAUGAUCUACAAACUGACCCGGAGCGCCAAAUAGCCUUUUUCCGUGUUCCACCUUUGCAUCCAUAUCGUUUUCAAUUUUUGAAUGCAGAAAUUGAAUGGCAUUACCGCCACCAUAGCAGGGAAAUUCGUGCUCCAACGUACAUCGACGCUAAGAAGGCGUCUUCUAUUGCUGAUGCCUGUGUCCUGGCAAUUGCGAAUGCAAUCGUCUUGACAGUGUGUGCAGUUAUACAGAUAGUCUGUUUACAAAUCGACGUGGUGGACUUAAUGAAUGAACGAAUAAGUCGCCUCUGUUUUUAUGUAACGCGCGAAAUGUCUAUUGCGAGUGAUCUAAGUCAAAUCGCUGAGCAGGAUGCGCAAAAAUUGCUUUUUAAUAUUAUACCGGAAUACAUAUACCGAGAACUCAAAUGCGCGGGACAAGGAGAUCUAAGUACUGGUUCUUUUAGUUACGCGGUUUCACUACAAAAUGUUGGUGUGAGCUUUGCGUGCAUUGCAAACUUCUUUUCCAGCUACUACCGUGAGGACUACAAAGGUGGAGAGGCUUCACUGAAGCUACUGAACGGCAUCAUAUGCACUUUUGAUGGGCUGCUUGAACGGCCAGAGUUGAAGGAUGUCGAAAAAAUCAAAACAAUCAAUGACUGCUAUAUGGUCGCAGCCGGGUUGAAUUAUCAAGCAAUUAAGAAGAAUGAGAACAAACACAGUCAUCUGAUAAGUUUAAUGCAUUACUGCCACUUACUCAAAGAGAGCUUGGAUGAAUUCAAUGAUAAAUAUAUCAUAGGAACGGAAAAUUUCGUAGUCAAAAUUGGCUAUAACUUCGGUCCAGUCACUGCUGGGAUCAUCGGGACGACCAAACCAUUUUACGACAUCUGGGGUGACACGGUCAAUGUGGCUAGCCGGAUGUAUUCAACUGGCCUGCCUGGCGAAAUUCAAGUUCCAGAAACAGUUAUUCCUGUGCUGGAUUAUUACUUCGACUUUCACUAUCGCGGUGACAUAUUUGUGAAAGGUAAGGGAGAUAUGCGUACGUACGUCUGCAAAAAGAAACUAUGA